CACGCUUGACGUUUUCAAAAUUCCCGCGCAUAUCGUAAACAUUCGCCAGAUUCUCGCUAGACCGUCGUGUUGUUUCUUGAAUUUGUAUGAAGAUUAUUGGUGAUAUUAUCCGAUUUUUGUACAAUUUUCGCGGAAAGGUUGUCGUUUUAAGGUAAAUUAAGUGUGAGUGAACAUUUGGAGGCGGAAGGAAGCUAAUUGAUAGUGAUUUUGAAGCGAGACGUGAAGGGAUUGCAAAUCAGCUCACUAGCAGCGCUUUUCAAGAAAGAACAGGAAUAACGCAGACGCCAGAAUGAGCCACAACGGAAUGCUGACCACCGGCUGUAUCGCGGAUAUCAUGCGGGGAACCGAGUUGGAAAAACCCGUGGUGCAGAUCCUUGGAUCGAAGCGGAUCGCCGGUGGCGGCGAACAGUCGGAACGGUACCGGCUGUUGAUCUCCGACGGGCAGAAUCUGUACAGCUUUGCCAUGUUGGCGACGCAGCUGAACGAGCUGCACCACAAGGGCGAACUGGCCGAGUACACCGUGAUCCGCAUCGACCGCUACAUCACGUCGGUGGUCAACCGGAACGAGAAGGGCGAGAAGCGGGUGCUGAUCAUAUUGGAUUUGCAUGUGGUCAAGCCGGGACCAGCGGUGGGAGAAAAGAUCGGCAACCCGCAAACGCUGACGGAUACGGGCGCUGGCGGUGGUGGUGCAGGAGCGCCAUCGACUGCGGCUGCGCCGGCCAGGACGGAAUCCGCUGGAAGUGUCAGCAAUGGCUCAGCUUACCAGAACCGAUCGAUGGGUGGUGGUAUGCAUGGUGGUGCCGCGUCCGGUGGCGAUAACUUGUCCCUGGAAAACACAUUGACCCAUCCGAUCAGCUCUCUCAGCCCGUAUCAGAACAAGUGGGUUAUCCGAGCCCGAGUGAUGUCCAAGUCGGGCAUCCGUACCUGGAGCAAUGCCAAGGGCGAGGGCAAGCUAUUCUCGAUGGACGUCAUGGAUGAGUCGGGAGAAAUCCGGGUCACUGCCUUUAAGGAGCAGUGUGACAAAUACUACGAGAUGAUCGAGGUCGAUAAGGUCUACUACAUCACCAAGUGUCAGCUGAAGCCGGCCAACAAGCAGUAUUCCACAUUGAAGAACGACUACGAGAUGACCAUGACCAACGACACGAUCAUCCAAGAGUGCAAGGAUGCUGGUUCGUCCAUGCCGUCGAUCCAGUACAAUUUCGUGCCGAUCUCUCAGAUUGGAAACAUGGAGGCGAACGCCAUAAUCGACGUGAUCGGAAUUUGUAAGGAAGCCGGGGAUGUGAUGCAGUUCACGGCCCGGUCCACCGGUCGAGAGCUUAAGAAGCGUGAGGUGACCCUGGUUGAUACGAGCAGCGCGGCCGUUUCGUUGACCCUCUGGGGUGAGGAUGCCCAGAACUUCAACGCCGCAAGCAACCCGGUCCUGGUCAUCAAGGGAGCUCGUGUGACCGAAUUCGGAGGAGGCAAAUCGCUCGGACUGGUGGCCAGCAGUGUCUUGAAGACCAAUCCAGAUACGGACGAUGCGCACCGGGUCCGCGGAUGGUACCUGAGCGUGGGAUGCGACAGUGUCAUUAACAGCGUUUCCACCAGGACCGGGGCCGGAGCGGGAUACUCUACCGAGUGGUUGACAUUCCAUGAGGCCAAGGAGAAGAAUCUGGGAGCCGGAGAUAAGCCGGAUUACUUCCAGGUGAAGGCCGUCAUCCAUAACAUUAAGUCGGCCAACGCUGUAUACAAGGCUUGUCCAAGGCCGGAGUGCAACAAGAAGGUGAUCGAUCAGGACAACGGACAGUACCGCUGCGAGAAGUGUAACGCCGAUUUCCCGAACUUCAAAUACCGGCUGCUGGUUAAUAUGCUGGUCGGAGAUUGGACCUCAAACCGAUGGGUUACCGUGUUCGCAGAUCUGGCCGAAGAGAUGCUGGGCAAAUCCUCGCAGGACAUCGGCGACGCGCUGGAGUUCAAUAAAGACGAAGCCGAGAAGAUUUUCUCCGCCAUCAACUUCAAGAGCUACGUCUUCAAGCUGCGCACCAAGGUGGAAUUCUACGGGGACUCGUCGCGGAACAAGACCACCGCCGUGGCGGCCAACCCCGUCAACCACAAAGAGUACAAUGCCUAUCUCAUCAAGAACAUCCAGGAGAUGACCGGAAUCAGCAAGCACUAAGCAAGGCUUCGGAAACCAAACCAAAUGAGCCACCCAUUUACAAACCAUCUAUUCCUAAAAACUUAAUUUUUAUUACCUAUUGUUAGCCAUCCAUAUGUAUAAAAACCGAUAUUCCUACAAAUAAAAAUACAGCGUUUAAAAAAUA